AGAAUAUACUUACUGACUAAUAUGAGCGCGAAAAGAACCAGCUGCGAGUACAUUAUUCAACGAUGAUACGUUUUUACCUGUUAAAAUAACAGAUUUAGUGAUUAUGAUUGUUAUUUAGGACAUGGUUGUCAUUAUCAGCUAUGACAAAUUAUAGCACGAGGGUAAAAGUAGGCAGCCGCUCGGAGAGAGGGUUCCAGAAUAUUUGCUAACAUUAUUAUAUGUUAUGGACAUUUCCUACAUUACUGUAAGCGCAGGAAAGACAACAAAGACCACACCUGAGUGCACCCAUGUGCAGCCACUGAACCAGACCAGAAAAGAGUUCGUUCACGCGACGCUAUCUCCAAUGGCUUUAAUGUUCCCGUCUCCGAAUUGGAGAUUUAUGUACGACUGGAUGAAGACUGACGAGAAAAAUAAUCAAGAAAUGGAAGCCAGUGCUUUAAAAGACAAAAUUUGGAAUUCAUUUCUUUCAAACUCAAGCGCUUAUUUGGCUUCCGAGUCCAAAAAUUUACCUAACAUGAAUAGAUCGGAAUGCAAUAACUGUGAUGCAGGUAUGGAUAAAGAGAUAACUUCAUUAAUAAACAUGACGCUUCCCACGUAUGCAGAACUCUAUGAAUACAAACCACCCAUCGACAUUGAAGCUGGCAAACCUGUGCAGAUGGACGUAGCUGAAGAUAAAAUUGAUCAAUUUAUCAAAAAGUAUUUACCUGAAGAACGUAAAAAGGUUCCAAAUUGGAUAAAAAUUUUAGCUGCAGUUUCUUUUUUUUUAGGUAUUGUUAUAACAAUAUUAGAGAUAACUUUAAGCUUUGGGGUGUUUUCUUAUAUUUAUCCUUACUUUUAAAUUAGACAUCAUUGUUUUUAGCGACUUACUUUGUAUUUUUAUUCAAAGAAAAUUUUUAUGUAUUAAUAAAAAUAUUU